UCGGCUGGAGUGAACUUGGGGAGCUGCUGCGGAGAGAUCCGUGAGGUUGUUGUGUGUGGACGCCGCGGGGCCUCGGUGGCCAGGACAUCGCCAUGCCUAAAGGACUGAAAGGAAAAAUUGUAGGUCGGGAAAAGAAAGUCAUCCAUCCAUACAGUAGGAAAGCAGCUCAGAUUACAAGAGAAUCCCACAAACAAGACAAGAAGGAAAGAUUGAAGACUGAGAGAGCCUUGCGUCUCAACCUUAUUGGUGAUAAACUUCAGUGGUUUCAUGGCCAUCUGGAUACAAACAAAACGAGAUAUUCAAAGAAGGAUGCCUGUGAAUUAAUUGAAAGGUAUUUGAGUCGAUUCAGGAGUGAGCUGGAGCAGAUUGAGCUACAUAACAGCAUCAAGGACAGACAGGGAAGGCGCCACCAUUCCAGGGAAACUGUCAUCAAGCAGACAAUGGAGCGGGAGCGGCAGCAGUAUGAAGGUUAUGGCUUCGAGAUUCCUGACAUUUUAGACACUAAUAAUCUGCAGACUUUUCGGGAAUGGGAUUUUGAUCUGAAGAAGUUGCCAAACAUCAAAAUGAGGAAAUUUUGUGCUAAUGAUGCAAUUCCUAAGAAGCGCAAACAGAAAACCAUAUUGAAUAUAGAAAAAGAUUUAGGGGAAUUAGAACUAACUGGGGAAAUUGGAGACUCUAAAGAUGGGAAAUUGGAACCAGCAAGUGAAGCAAGUGACACGGAUGAAGAAAUGACUCCAGUGCCUGCCUGCCCGUAAUGAAAAGAAAUCACACAAGACCCUCAUGUCCUGCUCAGUGAUUAUGAUACAUAAUCGUGUGUAUGUGUGGGCCAGUGAGAUGGCUCAGUGGCUGGGGCCUUCUGCCAAGCCUGACUGCCAGAGUUUAAUUCCCAGAAUCUAUGGUGUGAAAAGAACAGAUGCUACAAGUUUUCUUAUGACCUCUCACAAAUAAAUAAAAUUUUU